AUGGCUCCACAAUUCGUUAAAGCUAGCUUUCAAAUCGAAAAUGGCCCUUCGCACGAAGGGAUCUCCUUCGGCGCCCAGCAGUCCGUGGCAGGCGAAACCGUGUUCACUACAUCGCUGGUAGGCUACCCAGAGUCCAUGACCGACCCUAGUUACAAAGGCCAGAUCUUGGUGUUCACUCAACCACUUAUCGGUAAUUACGGUGUGCCAUCGGGCGAGGCACGUGACGAGCUCAAUCUGCUCAAGUAUUUCGAGAGUCCCAGCGCGCACGUGAUCGGGAUCGUCGUUGCCGAAUACGCCUGGAAAUACUCCCACUGGACCGCAGUUCAGUCUCUUUCCGAAUGGUGCAUCAAAGAAGGCGUGGCAGCCAUCACGGGAGUCGACACCCGCUCUGUCGUCCAGUACUUGCGUGAACAAGGUUCGUCUUUGGGCCGUAUCGUUGUGGACGACGGCAAGCCCGCUCCCGCUUUCGUCGACACCAUGAAGUCGCAUCUGGUGGCCCAGGUAUCCACCAAACAGCCCUACUACAUCAGCGGCCACAACGCCACCGCCAACAUCGCUUUGGUCGACUGCGGUGUCAAGGAAAACAUUGUGCGCUGUCUGGCGUCCCGCGGUGCCAAUGUCACGGUCUUCCCACACGACUACCCAUUGCAAGAGGUGGCACACCAGUUUGACGGUGUGUUUGUGUCCAACGGGCCAGGCGAUCCAGCUCUGUGCACUUCCACGGUCGAGGUCCUCAAACACCUCUUGGAAGACCCCAAAUUCGAGCGUCUGCCCAUCUUUGGUAUCUGCAUGGGCCACCAACUUUUGGCCCUGGCUGCUGGUGCCUCUGCCGUGAAAAUGAAGUACGGUAACAGAGCCCACAAUAUCCCAGCGUUGGACUUGACGUCCGGCCAGUGCCACAUUACUUCUCAAAACCACGGUUACGCCAUCGACGCCGAAACCCUCCCAGCCAAUGCUUUCAAGCCUUACUUUGUGAACUUGAACGACGGCUCAAACGAGGGUAUCAUCCACACAACCAGGCCGAUCUUCUCCACCCAGUUCCACCCUGAGGCCAAGGGUGGUCCCAUGGACUCCGCCGUCUUGUUUGACAAGUACUUUGACAACAUCGCUGCCUACCAGAACUUCAAGAGAUCCAGCGCCAAGACCGCUGCCACCUUCGAGGUUCCAGUGCACACCAUGGCCACUGAGAGAGUGUUGUAG